AUGAUCAUCCCGCCCGACCCAGAAAAGGACCCGCGCCUCUUCCGCGAGAGCACGACGUCCCUCGUCACUGUGCCCGAAGACCGGCUCGUCGACGUCGAUACGCUCGAGGUUAACGCUCCUGCGCACCCAGGAACCGCAUACGCCCUCAACCCUGGGGCACCCGUCGCGUACCCCUAUGGGCCGUUCGGAGACAACUUCUCCAUACCUUUCGACCCAGUUCCUCCGUACUCGGCACGCCGGGAACUAGACCCCGUCGAGCGCGCUGCGUAUGGGCAAACGGCACAGCUUGGGCGGACUACUAGCCGCGCGUCACGUGGGUCGACCUCAUCCUCGGCGACAGGAUCCUCCGCAGGAUCAUCUACAGGAUCGAGCACUACACCAACACUACGACGGUACGGGCUCCUUCGAAACGGUACGCGGUCGUCGUCAACGCCGGCGACAUCUGGCACUCGCCUCAAUGGAACAGGGACAAAGGCGUGGGAAGGCCUACACGUCGGUGGGGCAUCCCGACGACGAUGGCUUGGCAUCCCGAUUCCCCCGCGGCCCACCCUCCCCAUGUCACCAGAGGCCAAGACGGUGUGGCGCAAAUACAAACGAUGGUGGAUUGCGCUGCUUAUUCUCGUCGGUAUAGUUCUCGUGCUCGUUGUCGGUCUUACGGCCGGUCUUGUACUAUCAAACCAGAAGGGCGCGUCCAAGGGAGGGAAAGGCGACGCAUGGAGAAACAAUCGGAAGGGACAGAACACGACGUACCCAACGACACCGGAUAUGAACAUCUCCUACGACCCGCAGCGCGAUGGACCCUUCCCGGCCGAUGGCGUGGCAACGCAAUGCAACGACUUCCAGCAGCUCAACUCGUCGAGCGCGUUGACGCAACUGGCGAUCAACUCGCCGUUCUUUGACCACUACAUUUCGACGUUCUCGUUCCCACUCGACUCCACGCAUAAUGGCAUGGCAUCUCUCGACCACGACUUGUUUGUCCUUGCGAACGGACUGGCGGCGACGGGUACGGUUGAGAUUGUCGGCUCGAAUGCGCCUUCAGGCGUCGUCUACGGUGGUGAGGAGGGUAUGGUCAAGAUUGACGUGCUCGCGCGCUAUCAAUCUGGCGAGGAUCUCUCGAACGUGGCCCGCGUUUGCCACCUGGCGCGCGAGGACGGAUCACAGGGUGUGGGCAUCUUUACGCCGAUCGAGACGGAUGGCGGUGCGCCAGGUCCGUUCCUCCUCAACCCGAUGUACACUCCGGCGUUCCACGUAAUCAUCCGCAUGCCCCCCAGCUUGAUCGCCACGAAGAACGACACGGUGGGAUACAUUCCAGCGCUGAGCAUCGAGCUCGCUCAGAUGGGCAUGCGCAUUGGCAGCCUGCAGCAAGUUGUGUUGAUUGGCGACCUCCGAAUCCAGGGAGGGUGCAGAGGCGGUGGUAUCGUUGUCGACUAUGCGUCGUGCGGAACGUGUACGAUCAUAGGCGGCGAGAAUACUGUACAAGGCACGUUCAACGUAACCGAGAACCUCUCGAUCAACUCUACGAGUGGCACGAUCCUUGCCAACGUCAUCCUCUCUGAUCCCAACCAGCCAGGCGAUGGAAGUGCGACGAUCACAAGUACGAUCCCGAUGCCGCACAGUGACCGUCGGCGCUCGCUCACAGGGCUGAACAAGCGGGAUAAGAAGGGCAAGCCACCUCCUGGCGAGUCGUUCGACACACAGAGCCCGAGCGCCACUGCAGACCCACCCGACCAUCUUAUUAAUACGACGUUCCGCACGAACGAGGGGUUCAUCUUCAUUGCGUUCCUCCACCACUCACCUCGCACAGCGCUGCGCGCGUGGGUGAGCAGCGAGAGUGGCAUGGUCGACGUGUCGAUGCACCCGAACUAUGUCGGCCCGUUCGCCCUGGAGAACAUGUGGGGUUCGAUCCGCCUGCCGCCCGUGUCGACACCGUCGUCACCGGACCCGCUCAACCAAGGUCGCUCGCGCGUCGUGAUACAGGGCCCGGUCGACCUCAACUCUACGACGUUUGUCAGCGGCCUGAAUGCGACUGAGGAGAUCACGGCACCGAACUCUGUCACGGGAGCUGCGGCUUGGGCGUGGCUCAAUAAUGGCCUGCCAUCUGUUGCUGAUGUGCAGAAUGGUGUGGAGGGUCACGGCUCGGCGCUUGUCGCUGUAGCGACGCUGGGCGAUCUGCAGGUGACGUUUGACGGGACCUAA